GCCAUUGGUGCGCCGUUUGCCGACGAUGGUGGUGCUGUCGCUAUUUAUUUUGGCAGUUCAACCGGACUAGCUGAGCAGCCAAGACAGAUUUUGAAUGUAAGCGACCAAUUCGCCGAUGGUAUGUUUGGACAUGGUCUCUCCAAAGGUGUUGACAUAGAUGCGAAUGGCUUCAAUGAUCUGGCUGUUGGUGCGCCAAAUGCAGAUACCGUCUUUAUUUACCGCGCCUAUCCAGUGGUGAAAGUUAUUGCAACCAUACGACCUUUGCACCACCUAAUUCCCACAACUGCAACUAAUCUUCAAUAUGAAAUUUGCUAUAGUAUUUUAACAAAUUCCACCAAAGAUCAGAAGCUAGAAAUUUUAUUAGACUUGACUAUCGAUGCGAAAGAGAAGCGGGUAAAGAUUUUGAGUUUUAAAAAUAAUGAAACCUUUACAGUGAGCCGAUUGCCAAAAUGUACGACAUACAAUGAUUCCCUCAAAUUCGAUUUUCGCUAUGAAUUUGUGCCGAUAGUUUUGAAACUUUCAUAUCGAUUAAAGUAUGAUGCGAAGGCGUGGAGUGGUGCAGAAUUUUGUAAGAAAUGCGCUAUAACUGAUCCUCUUUGGCCAAGUUCGACUGAAGCAAGUAUUCAAUAUUUGCAUAAUUCUGUCGAUUUGCAGCUUGGAAGCGUGAACGUACCUUCUAAAGUUAUACUGGGUGCAACACAAAUUCUACCCAUCAAAUAUGUUAUUACCAAUGUGGGACAGGAAGCCUACAAUACACUACUGACUGUUAAAUCGUCCAUAAAUGUGCCAUUUGCCAAAUUACCACCUGAAUGUGUUGGAGAAUUUGAUAUAGAAUGGAGAGUUGUGUGCAGCAUAGCUAAGCGACGAGCAUUUAUCGGCAGCGCGGAAGUAGAACUGAGUUUUGAUUUGAGUAAUGUUGUGAGUGUCACUGAAAUGGAUAUAACCGCAUUCGUGUCCAGCACUGGCGAAGAGAUAACACCUGAAAAUAAUCAUUUAUCGAAUGCAGUAAAACUGAUAACGACGACCGAUAUUUGGAUAGUCGAGACUUCAAGCAAUGAUAUCGUAGCCAUUGCGAAUGAGGAGCAAAAUAUUUCCAUUUCGACGAUUUUUGAGAUACAAAAUAACGGUCCAAGUCCGUUAAAUCUUUUCCAUUUAAUCACCGAAUUUCCCAUCGGAUCAUAUUGACGAUAGAGGCGUUGAUCAC